UGAGUAAUAUAACUUUAAAAAAUUAUGGCAUUGUAAAUGAAUAAUUUUCUUUUUUUUUUUUUAAUUAACUGUUGAUUUAAUUUAAUUUUAAAAGAGAUAAUGUACAUAAAAUAGUGCAAGCAAUAACCAACAGAAUAGAUACAGAAUUUGAUUAAAUUAUAUUAAGUUAUAUUUAAGGCUUGAGUAAGGCAACGAUUUAAUUACAUAAGGGUGGAAUGAACAUCUUAACGCGACCCUGUAACUGAAUUAAUUUCACAAGCCGUUAACUUUAACCUAAUUUAGUUACAAAAAAAAUCUAUUUAUCCAAACCUGGUUAAAAAAUACGGAGAACUUUAAAGUUUACUACAUUGGCAGAAAUGGACGUAAGUGAAUUGUAUCAAACUUCAAGCGGCAUUUGGAAGGAUUUUGAUUGGCCGGUUUUAUCACGUGAUUACAAGAGGAAAGUUCAGACUGGUUCAGAACGUUCUCGAAAAACACAACAAGAGAUUUGUUCUUUGCAGCAAAACUUUUUCGUGUUUUUCUCUUCCUUUUUCUCAAACGCGUCUCUCUCUCUCUCUCUCUUUCUGACCGUAAUUAUACAUUUGUUUGAAUUUUUAAUUCCAACGCAACUUGAAAAUUCAACACAACUUGGCCACGAAGAAUAGAUCCAAGAUUUACGCGGCAAGUUGCUAGAUCGCAAAGAAUCUCAUAGAACCUGUUCGCCUCCUCGCUGUGCAAAAUGAAUGUAAUACAGGCCGCUCCGGCGAGAGGACGGCGCGCAACUUACAUGAGAGGAAGAAUAGCCGUCUCGGUGCCAAUCGCGCAACGCACCGCGAACAUCUUUCCGAAAUAUCAAUUCGAUUCGGGUUUUCUGAGACCUUCAACGAGCUCUGGACCCGGAAAUAUCAAUACAAAGACUCCGAGACACAAUCGCAGAGAGAACUGUAUUUCUACAUCAUCCUACUUGCCGAGCACUUCUCGCCGUAGCGUGGGCUCGAUCAAUCCUACGAGAUCGACGCCAUUUGGUACGUCCAGCAACGUGAAUUCCUGCGUAGUAAUUGCGUUAACAGCCGGCCGAGGAGACGCCAGGAACGAGGUCGGAUUGGCAGCGAUAGAUCUUCAAUACCCGUACUUGAUUCUCUGUCAAAUCAGCGAUUGUCAAACGUAUGUGAAUACCCUGACGAAAAUCAACAUCCUCGAUCCGAUAGAAAUACUGAUGCCCGAAACGAUGUGCGAGCAGCGCGGCCGUGGGAACAAGCUAUACAGAUCGAUCAAAGAAAAAUUUCACGGGAUCAACAUCACUCCGAUUUCGCGAAUACACUUCAGCGAGUCGACCGGAAUGGAACGCGUGCGAACCCUGUGCACCAGGGAAUACUCAACCGUGGAGCUAAUAGUGAAGCAAAAGUACUACGCUUUAGCCGCCGCUGCGGCAUUGUUCAAAUACGUCGAGUACGUCCAGCACAUGGUUUACGCCCCGAAAUCGGUGAAGAUAGAGUUUCACGGAUCGCCGAAUACCACAAUGAUCGAUAUAGAGAGUGCACGAAGUCUCGAGCUGGUCGUCUCCCAGUCCAAGCAGUCCAUCGUCAGUCUGCUGGGCACGAUGAACCGCUGCUUGACCCCUAUGGGCAGAAGACUCCUGCGCGCCUCCAUCCUUCAGCCUUCGUGCGACGAGCGUUUGAUCGCUGAUCGGCAAUCUUGUGUAGCGGAAUUGGUGGCGAAUCAAUCCUUGUGCAUCAGUCUGCAGCCGGUGGUGCAACGCCUUUUUGGCACGGAUCGUUUGCUGACGUUAGCAAUUAAACCUCUGCACGUCAACGACAUGCAAAAUGCGGAGCGAAAUCUAAAUUACGCUCUGCUGUUGAAGAGCUGUCUGGACACCGUUCCGGAAUUGGAGGCGAUUCUCGCGACCGGUCUUCAUCCGUUCUUCGUAAAAAUGCGAAAGAAUUUAGGAAACUCAGAAUUCCGAGUUAUGAAGGACAAGAUUUUAACGCUGCUACACGCGGACGCGAGAUUCGUGAAGGGAUGCACUUCCUUGAGUAUGCAGCGGUGUUUCGCUAUAAAAGCUGAUAUCAACGAGUUGUUAGACAUCGCACGGCAAAUUUAUUGCGAGCUAAUCAGCGACAUGAAGAACAUGGUGGAGCAGUUAGCCAUGAAACACAAGCUUCCGUUGUCCUUAGAAUACAACACGAAUUUGGGCUAUCAUAUAAACGUCUUCUUGCCGCGAGACAUGACAAUCUCAGACUUACCGGGCGAAUUUAUUCAGGCACGAAAGAACAGGAGAUCCUUCACAAUGACAACGACGGCGCUACUAACGUUAAACAAACAAUGCAAGACCGCCUGCGAGGAGAUUUACAUGAUGAGUAACACAUUAUUGACUAAUUUACUGGAGGACAUACGGCAACACGUCGGCUGCUUAUUUCAAUUGAGCGCCGAUGUGGCGGAAUUGGAUUUGGUUUUAUCGCUGGCGCAAAUCAGUUCUAAUCCGGAAUACGUGAGACCGUCAUUCGGAACGAAAUUGGAACUGAUAAGUUCGUUACAUCCCAUUAUGGAAUUAUUUAACAGAGAGCUCCCCGUGGCUAACGACGUGAGCGCUUCGACUACGCAUAAUUUUCACCUGAUAACUGGACCGAACAUGAGCGGCAAGUCUACAUACUUAAAACAGAUCGUUCUACUUCAAAUUAUGGCACAGAUCGGUUCGUACGUGCCGGCGAAGAAGGCAACGUUUCGCGUUGCAGAUCGCAUACUUUGUAGGAUUAGCUCUCGCGACGACGCCGAGCUCAAUGCAUCCGCCUACGUCCUCGAGAUGAAGGAGGCGCAAUACAUCCUGCAAUCCGUCACACCCAAGUCUCUCGUCGUGCUCGACGAGCUCUGCAGGCACACCACGGUCGAGGAGGGUUCCGCCAUCGCUUGGGCGAUAUGCGAGAAAUUAUCGCUGACGACCGCGUUCACGUUCGCCGCGACGCACUUUUUACACCUCACUGCGCUGAGCAGCAUGUAUCAUAAUGUCACGAGUCACUGCUUCGAGACGAAAACCGCGGAGCCGGAAGAAUCAAACGACCUGCAUCUGAUAUAUACUCACAAAUUGAAUCCAGGAAUUGGACCCACGGACCACUACGGGAUCGCUCUGGCGGAAGUGUCGUCUCUACCGAAAUGCGUUACGAUUAAAGCGCGAGAGUACGCUUCCCAGCAAUCCGCCAACGCGCAAAGCAAUAAUUUGGAAUCCAUCGCGAGUUCCCUGUCAUGGGAGAAAUCGUGUUACGACGCUGUCGUUCAGUUACGCGCGCUAUUGGAGGAUAACCGUUUCACUUUCGCAAAUAUAAUAAGUGUUAUGAAGGAAUUGGACCUAGGCAAGCAUAAUGAACAAACGAAAAGAAUGCAGGUUCCAGUAAAGUCCCCGAACGUCACACAGGUUCCAGCAAAAUCUUCCAACACCAUACAGGCUCCAGUGACAUCCUUGAACGUCGCGCAGGAACGCAAGGAAGGGGAGAAACGUGAGGAAGAUAAAAAUCUCACUGUGGCAUUGUACAAAGAUCUGGCGACGGGGACUAACCGUGAUGCAUCGUCGUCGCAACGAGCGAAUAAGGAUGAACGAAAGGAGAACGAAAGCGAGGUGCAAGACGAGCCGAUGGAGAUCGAAAACGAUGAUCGGAGGGAAGAUUCUCGUCAAUUCGCGAAACCGACGAUCGAAAGGCAGAUUUCAGUGUCGAUUCACGAGAUCAUAGUAAAUCGAACGGCAGUCUUGUCGCCGGGUGCAACCAACGAGGAUCCAUUGAUUGUUAACCAGAGCUCUUUUUCGCAAUCUGCCGUGAACGAUCCGCGAUUUUACGUUUGCACGUCGUUCGCGGCGAGCAGCCCGAAAGCGACAUUGCCGCAGCGCGAAAUAAAUUUAGGAUCGAGCUUCGCCACAAGCUCGAUAGUACUUUCUCAGGCGAGAACCUUAAACAACUCCUCUCUGCGCUCGUCCCAAUAUCACGAUUAUUGCCUGUCCGAGGGAGAAUUCACUCUACCGUCUUCUUGUUCGGGUCAGUCGACUUCCAGCGAAGAGGCGAGAAAAAACGCGCGGUUGAAAGAGGCCGAGAUUUUUCGGCAGAUCGAGGGCGACGCUUUCGACGAGAAGAGAUUCUUCAACGACGUGGAAGAACUGCUGGAAAUAGUUCUUACCGACGACGAUGACGUGGUGAUGUCACCGGCGUGAAAUAAAAAUGUUUUUAUUGUGCGUUAAUUCAUUCGCGUUCUAAUAAAUUACUCUUUGACAAGUUAAAAUUAUCAAGUGACUCUUAUACAUUAGAAAAUUUUUUUCGUAUAAAUAUAUUUGUUUUGACAUUAUUUUCUUGAUUAAAAAAAUUUUUUCCAAGCU